AAUCAUAUGGUAUCUAGGAGCUAACCCAAAAAAAGAAAUCGACAGGUCGUAUUGCAUCAGCGCUCUGCAGAGACAGAGAGACAGGGAGAGCGAUGGAGGAAGACGAGGGUUCGGCGAGGAAGCUGAGCAUAUACAGAGCAGCGAGGAGCAUAAAGCGUAGAGAGAACACAGUGUACAACGCCUUGCGAUCCAUAUACGAGGAUUCCAUCUUCGUGGGAGAGAUCUCCCAGCUAUGGCCGGACCUCCCUCUCCUCGCCAACCUUCGCUGUGGCCUCUGGUAUUCCCCUAAAUUCCACUCCACCUGUUACUUCAAAUCCACCGACGGCCACAACAACAACUGGUCUUUCAGCACCUCUCGCCUCAACCUCCACGUCGCUCUCCUCGCCGGACAGAAGGGAGGGUGUAUUAUAGUUGAUUCCACAAGGAGAGGGAAGCGGUUUCCGGAUAGCAUGUCAAAGACGAUACCCAUUUGGACUUGUGUUUUAAAUCGGUGCAUUCACAAUCAUUUGAACAAUAUGCGUGAUACUGCACAGAUGGAUAAGGAGUCAAAUACUUCUGAUCAACAUCAUGAAAGAACAAGAUGUGUCUCUGUUGAUUGGGAUUGCUCCUUGCAUCUUCCCCUCUGGGUUUCUGAAACAGAGAAGGCGUCUAUUGAGAGUCACAUAGAAGAAUGGACUAAACAACUGGAUGCAAGCGGUGCUGAUAUUGCAUCUCUAACGACGUGCUUGAAAAAGCCCUUACGCCCACUAUGGAUUUCGCAAAAAACUGUCAUCUGGUUAAAUGAAGUGCCUGACCAUGGUUCCUGGGAUUUCACACCCAUCAUACUUGUUUCUGCCUCUUCCUCAAGUGGUGUAAUUCAACACAAGUCUACAUCAGAGUAUAGCUGGAAUUAUAUACCGGGAGCUGGGGAUGAUGAAGAAAGCUGGGCAAGGGGUUUAUCACCUAAUCUUUUCUGGACUCACGUCUAUGAUCUUAUAAACUUGGGGCCUGAUUUGUGUAAUCAGAAAGUAGCAGAUAUAGUUGAAAAGGAUAGAGUAUAUCGUGCCCAAAGGGGACAAACUGCUCCUCAGGUCACAGUCAAGGCCCCAAAAUUGUUAGAGAGCUCAUAUCAUUUUUCACAAGAAGUGCCCCUACUGUUGGGUAUUUCAAACCUUGAAAUUAAUACGAAGUCUUCUGAUCAAGAUUGUGCAAUCUCUUGGCUGGGUUCAACAAAUCUUGCAGUUGGCACAUCCCAAGUUGCUGCAAAUGUGUGUAAUGUUGAUUGCAUAUUAAAUUGUGACCAAGAGUCCAUCUCUCUCUUUCUUCCGGAUGCUGAAGCAUAUUUGCAUCUUCCUACAGUGAUGUCAAAAUUGGACCGUUAUUCUGUAUUAAGCAAUCUCCCUUUUGCGGUGAACUUUGCAAAGUUGAAUCUUAGCAAAGGGAAGACACUUCUUGUUUGUUGCCAUACCGGGGAAGAUAUAAGUGUGUGCAUUUGUCUUGCUAUCUUGACGUCAUUAUUCAAUGAUGGAGGAACGUUUGACGAUGGGAGAUCCUUUAAUGAAACUCAUAUUACUAAAUGGGAGAUGCGAAGGCGACUUGUAUAUAUCUGUAAAUUUGCACCUAAUGCCAGGCCAUCCAGAGGAAAUUUGAAGCAAGUUUUUAGUUUUCUAACUGGUGGAAGAGUCAGUUCAGUUUGAUGACAACCCCAUCCAUAUGAUCACAUAUUGACAAGCAGGAAUGUUUUCAAUUCAUCUCCAAAGCUGAUGUAGUUGCUUUGGUAAGUUAUCAAAAAGGCUGACUUGGUUUGGAUAUCUAGACUUUGGAUUGUUUCCUUGUAAUUUAGGCCAAUGUCCCAAAAAGUACCUAGGGAGAAAAAGAUAGAAACAUUUCAAGAAACAUUUCAAUUCAGCCUUAUCAGAAUAUUGGAUGGCUGAAUUCAUAUUGAAUUAUUUUUUUACGAAACAUUUCGCUGUUAGAUUACUUUACGAUGGCUUGUGUUGUAGUUGGAGCACAUUUCUUGGAAUUUCUGUAGUAUAUAGGUUUUCAAGAAAUCAAAGCGACAAAUCUUUGCUACUUU